UUGGUCACGAAUGCAUGACGAGAAUACUGGUGUAUACAUAUACACCGAAAGCACACACCUCUCUAACGACGACCUGCUUGAAGUGUGUUCCUCGUGGGAUUUCCACGUGUCUUCUUCGCACAGCCAUGACUAUGCUGGAGGAAUUGCGGAAGGUGUAUUCUAUGGCCAUAAUUGAAACACUUGUGACCCCUGUCCUGGGAAGCGCGGAUAACAUCGACGAGCUAAGAGUCAUAGUAUUGUCCGGAUUAGUUGAUUUUGAAGACCGAGUCAAGCAGUGUGGGCAGACUGAUGACGUCGACAUGGAAACUGGCGAUCUUGGAUUAUCUCCCUUUGAAUCUUUCAAACACAGACUCCGAGAUAUGGAAGAUUACUUGAAGCACAAGUUUAGGGAGCGUACAACGUCGAGGCAGACUUCCCUUUUAAACGGAAGUUUAAAAAGUAACGACUCAGCAGACGGUAAUGCUGUGAAGCAGGCACUAAGACAGAGUUACCCCCGUCUGGUGGAGGGCCUCUGUCUCAAUGGAACCACGCUACUCAAUCAGCUGAUACAGGACAACUGCCUCGACGACAACGACGUUGACAGCAUCAGCACCAAACCAACGGACAGGCGUAAAAAUCAGCAGCUGCUGAGACUCAUCUCUACACAACUAUCCUCUGACAAGAUCGUCGAUGUGUUUAUUCCAGCGUUACGUGCGGAACAUGCCCACUUAGCUGAUGCGUUUUGCGAGGCUCUCAGACAGAUCCAAUCCCCUGCUGUCAAACAGUGCCCGUAUUGCAGGCUCACUGGAACGGUUGACCCCAGAGGCGUUGCAGAAGCCUUGUAUAGUAAGAGCCUUAUUAUGGAAAAUUGUUUGAGGGAUUUUGUUAACCCUUCCUUGCCUACAAUUAAAAAAUGGAAACGAAUUUUGGAUUUAAUCCAGGACGCCACUUUGAUCAUUGACACUUUACAGAAUAAUUAUAGCGAGUUAUAUGAAGAGCUGAAGGCACUUAGUGGAGCUGUGCAGAUACACUGGUGCACGUGCAGCCUUUAUGCAGUUUCUACCAACAGCUCUCCUGGUUACAACGACACCAUUAGCGUGUUUAGUGGGGAGACAACUCUUACGCCAAGUAUCCCUGCGUACCAAAUGAAGUCAUCCACCCGUGGCAUUUGCGCCAUCAUCAACAACACCGAUACCCACGCCGCUGAUACCCAAAAGGUGGACGACCUUUUUACAAGACUGGGAUUCACUGUUGAAAGGAUCACGAAUUUGACGAAGCGACAUAUGCUCUUUAGACUCGAGGAGAUCGCCAGUAGAGACCACACGUCCCAUGACGCGUUUGUGUGCGCCAUUCUUCUCGGCGGGACAGACAAAGACCAUGUAUGUGACAUCAGCAUGGAGUCCGUCCAUAUCGGAUAUCUUGUCCAGCCAUUUCGCGCUCUCAGUUGUAGGACCCUUGCAGGGAAGCCGAAGGUGUUUUUGAUACCCUAUGGUUCCGGACUUCGACGACAGCCAGGCCUGGUGAUCAGAGAGGCAGUGCCUCACUCGCUUCUCGAGACCCGGAGGACUGUUGUGCCCGAGGACGCAGACAUCUUGUAUGCACGUGGCACUCCACCAGGGUACCAUACCUCACACUGCAAGACCACCGGCUCCUGGUACCUCAAUAACCUCGUGGAAGUCAUGGACAGACAUUGUGACACGAUGGACUUUGUCACGUGCUUGGGGAUGGUUAAUGAAGGUGUGGGCAAAGUGGAUUACACAAAACAUGACAUCACUUACACACAAACUACACACAUCAUGAGUACACUCAGGAAAGUUCUCUAUUUCACGAAACGACCAAGGUCGAGGUCAAUGCAAGAGGAAUCUGACCUUGAGCGAGAACACAGUCCUCGCUCUAACGUGCAGGACGCUAGGCCGUGAGGUCAAUUGCCAAAUCCAGUAUGGAGGAUGAAUAGAGUCCGUGUGAUAUCUCGGCGAUUAACCUUGAAUAACCCUGUUUACUAUCUGGGUUAACACUAAAUCUGUGUGAUUUAUGGGCGGCUGGGUAGCCUAGUGGUCAAAGCGUUCGCUUCUCACGCCGACGACCCGGGUUCGAUUCCCCACACCAGUACAUUGUGUGAAGAACAUUUCUGGUGUCCUCCGUCAUGAUAUUGUUGGAACAUUGCUAAAAGCGGCGUAAAACAAUACUCACUCACUUUGUGUGAUUUAUGUUAAAUCAGCAUGGAUGACCUCUGUAUAGUCGUCGUGUGAUUCGUGUGUGCCCUGUUUGAUUUCUCCAGAACGAGGCUCAUUUCGACUGUGCCACACACUGUCAAUGCUUUUCGGAGGUUGGCCAAAUCAGUUAACAAGAGACUAUUUGUGGAGUGGUUACAAGCUCAAGUGCCCGGGUUCUAUUCCGUCCUCGAGCCCUUUCCUGGUGACUCGUCGAAGAGGUUAUUGCCAAAUGAUAUUAACACGUAUUUAACCAUUGCACAUGUGAAUUCCUAUUUUCUGAAAACAGGUCGAUUUGGUUGACAAUAACGUUCAGACAUGGCAAUAUAAAUUAUAUAUGUGCAAUACGCGAGUGUCACUGCUUGCAUGGUUAUGAUGUUCUGUUCACAUAAAUGUUGAAAUUUCAGUCAGUUGACGGAAAACACCAACAACACACCGUACCUCGAACACGAACACACGCAGUAAGACCUAUACCACAUAAAAUGGAAUCUCAUUAACUCGAUAUGUCGUUUAGACAUUAGAGUGUGAUCUCAUUAAAAUCAAAUCUUAGUUCUCGCUGUCGCUAAACAAAGAUCUGAGGACAUCCCAUUACGGGUCACGUCAGAACGACCUUUUAUCCGACCAAUCAGAGCGUCGCUUACCAGAUCGU